AUGGACACUUCUGGGCACUUCCAUGACUCUGGGGUGGGAGACUUGGAUGAAGAUAUGAAGUGUCCCUGUCCAUCUUCGGGGGAUGAGCAACAGCAGCAGCAGCCACAACAGCCACCACCACCACCGGCCCUGGCACAACUGGCCCCCCAGCAGCAGCAACAGCAGCAGCAGCAACAGCCCCCAGCACUGGCACCCCAGUCUUCAAGGCCCCUCACCCAGCUCAACCAACUCCAGAGCCAACCUCUCCAUCACAGCCUGCUGCACUCUUCUCCCACCGCUUUCAGGGCCCCACCUUCCUCCAACUCUACCAUCAUCCUCCACCCUUCCUCUAGGCAAGGCAGCCAGCUCAAUCUGAAUGACCACUUGGUUGGCCAUUCUCCAAGUUCAACAGCUACAAGUGGGGCCGGAGGAGGCUGCAAGCACAGACAGGCGAGCCCACUGGUCCACAGGAGAGAUAGCAACCCUUUCACGGAGAUAGCCAUGAGCUCGUGCAAGUACAGUGGUGGGGUGAUGAAACCCUUGAGCAGGCUAAGUGCCUCCAGGAGGAACCUCAUAGAGUCCGAGCCCGAAAGCCAACCCCUCCAGAUCUUUAGCUCCAGCAAUCCACCCGAGAUUGUCAUCUCUUCCCGGGAGGAUCACCAUUCCAAUCAGACCCUGCUCCAUCAUCCAAAUGCCACCCACAACCACCAGCACUCCGGCACCAGCAGCAUCAGCACCUUCCCCAAGGCCAAUAAACGGAAAAACCAAAAUAUCGGCUAUAAACUGGGACACAGGAGAGCCUUGUUUGAAAAGAGGAAACGGCUGAGUGACUAUGCUUUGAUUUUUGGGAUGUUUGGCAUUGUUGUUAUGGUGAUAGAGACCGAGCUCUCUUGGGGGUUAUACUCAAAGGAUUCCAUGUUUUCUUUGGCCCUGAAAUGCCUUAUCAGUCUGUCCACCAUCAUCCUUCUGGGUUUGAUCAUCGCCUACCAUACACGGGAAGUCCAGCUCUUUGUGAUUGACAAUGGAGCAGAUGACUGGAGGAUAGCCAUGACCUACGAACGCAUCCUCUACAUCAGCCUGGAGAUGUUGGUUUGUGCCAUCCACCCCAUCCCCGGUGAAUAUAAAUUUUUUUGGACAGCCCGCCUAGCCUUCUCCUAUGCUCCUUCCAGGGCUGAGGCUGACGUGGACAUCAUCCUUUCUAUCCCCAUGUUUCUCCGGCUCUACCUGAUUGCCCGAGUUAUGUUGCUGCAUAGCAAGCUCUUUACAGAUGCGUCAUCACGGAGUAUUGGGGCACUAAAUAAAAUCAACUUCAACACACGCUUUGUCAUGAAGACACUCAUGACCAUCUGCCCUGGGACAGUGCUCCUAGUCUUCAGCAUUUCUCUGUGGAUUAUUGCCGCCUGGACAGUACGAGUCUGUGAAAGUCUUCCAUCUCCUGCUCUCCCUUCUGGCAGCCCAUUGCAAUCAUGGUACCACGACCAACAGGAUGUAACUAGUAACUUUCUGGGUGCAAUGUGGCUUAUCUCCAUCACAUUCCUUUCCAUUGGGUAUGGGGACAUGGUUCCUCACACAUACUGUGGAAAAGGUGUCUGUCUUCUCACUGGCAUCAUGGGUGCCGGCUGUACCGCGCUGGUUGUGGCUGUAGUUGCCAGAAAGUUGGAACUCACCAAAGCCGAGAAGCACGUUCACAACUUCAUGAUGGACACUCAGCUCACAAAACGGAUAAAGAAUGCUGCAGCAAAUGUCCUUCGAGAAACAUGGCUUAUCUAUAAACACACCAAGCUGCUCAAAAAGAUUGACCAUGCCAAAGUCCGGAAACACCAGAGGAAAUUCCUCCAGGCUAUCCACCAGCUGAGAAGCGUAAAGAUGGAACAGAGAAAGCUGAGUGAUCAAGCCAACACCCUGGUAGACCUUUCCAAGAUGCAGAAUGUCAUGUAUGACUUAAUCACAGAGCUCAACGACCGGAGUGAGGACUUGGAAAAACAAAUUGGCAGUCUGGAGUCUAAACUAGAACAGCUCACUGCCAGCUUCAAUUCUCUCCCCUUGCUCAUUGCGGACACCCUGCGUCAGCAGCAGCAACAGCUCCUCUCAGCCGUCAUCGAGGCUCGGGGAGUGAGUGUGGCAGUGGGAACCCCCCACACACCACUCUCUGACAGCCCUAUUGGGGUCAGCUCCACUUCUUUUCCCACCCCUUACACAAGCUCGAGCAGCUGCUAA